AUGGCGGCGUGGCUGGGCCGGGUGUCCCUGGGCGACGCCUGGUACAACAUGUACUCCCGCCUUCUGCGAACCAAACCUGUGGGCGCCAUGGCUCACAGUGGCGACGACCUCACCGAGCUCGCAGAGGGGUCGCCGGUUGGUCUCGCCAAGGUCCUGACCACCGUGGACUUGGUAUCGCUAGGUGUGGGCAGCUGCGUCGGCACGGGGAUGUACGUGGUCGCCGGGCUGGUUGCCAAGGCCAUGGCCGGGCCGGGGGUCAUCCUGUCUUUUAUCAUCGCGGCAGUGGCCUCCAUCUUGUCAGGUGUGUGCUACGCAGAGUUUGGCGUCCGCGUCCCCAAAACGACCGGCUCGGCCUACACCUACAGCUAUGUGACUGUCGGAGAGUUUGUGGCGUUCUUCAUCGGCUGGAACUUGAUCCUGGAGUACCUGAUCGGCACGGCAGCGGGGGCGUCUGCUCUCAGCAGCAUGUUCGACUCUCUGGCCAAUCACAGCAUCAGUAACUACAUGAUAACACACCUGGGCACGCUCCGAGGACUCGGUAAAGGUGAGGACACGUACCCGGACCUGCUGGCCCUCUUCAUCGCCCUGCUGGUGACGGCCAUCAUCGCUCUGGGCGUGCGUAACUCGGUGGGUUUCAACAACGUCCUGAACGUGGUCAACCUGGUGGUCUGGGUCUUCAUGAUCAUUGCCGGACUCUUCUUCCUCUCCGCCAGCAACUGGGAGGGCGGCAAAUUCCUGCCCUACGGCUGGUCUGGGGUGAUGCAGGGUGCAGCAACCUGCUUCUACGCCUUCAUUGGCUUCGACAUCAUAGCGACGACCGGAGAGGAGGCGAAAAACCCAAACACCUCCAUCCCGUACGCCAUCACCGCCUCGCUGGUCACCUGCCUCACCGCCUACGUGUCGGUGAGCAUGAUCCUGACUCUCAUGGUUCCCUACGAGCUGAUCGACGGCUCGGCGCCCCUCAUGGAGAUGUUUGCGGUGCACGGCUUCCUGUGGGGGAAGUACACCGUGGCCGUGGGCUCCAUAGCCGGACUCACCGUCUCUCUGCUGGGCUCUUUGUUCCCCUUGCCCCGGGUCAUCUACGCCAUGGCGCGGGACGGGCUGCUGUUCAGGUUCCUGACGCAGGUGUCUGCGCUCACACACACUCCCACGGUGGCGUGCGUGGUGUCCGGGAGCUUCGCCGCCGUCCUCGCUCUGCUGGUGAGCCUCAGGGACCUGAUCGAGAUGAUGUCCAUCGGCACCCUGCUGGCCUACACUCUGGUCAGUGUGUGCGUGCUCCUGCUGCGCUACCAGCCUGACGAACAGACCGACACACACCAGUUUGACUCUGGGGGGGACGUGGGCGGCCUGAAGCUCAAGGACGACGGACCUGCACCCACGAAGGAUGACCAGAUGCUAAUCGAAGGCGAUGACAGAUCUUCGUCUUACCACGCCGGCGGAACUGAAGGAGAAGGAGAUGAGUCUAAUUUCCACACAGGCCACGCCCCGUUGUUGAAAAGGCUUCUGGGAGGUCACUACUACACCUUGCGGCUGCGUCUGGGAAUGCCCGAUGCGUCGGCCCGGCCCACCCCUGCCACAGGCCGCAUAGUGACCCGAUGCACCCUCCUCCUCUUCAUCAUGUCCUUCCUCAUGUGGUCCACCGUCAUAUUUGGCGUUGAGCAGGGGACAGGGGCCGCGGCGGUGUUUUCAGGGCUGAUGGCCACAGCGAUGGCGGGUUCCAUGGCAAAGCUUUUAAUCACGAUUAUACAACAGCCAGAGAGCACGCGGAGCCUGCCCUAUAUGGCGCCCUGCGUGCCUUUUGUCCCUGCAGCCGCCAUUUUGGUCAAUAGCUACCUCAUGCUCAAACUGUCUCCGCUCACCUGGACCAGGUUCACUAUCUGGUGCCUCAUAGGUCUGCUGAUCUACGCUUGUUACGGAGUGUGGCACAGCACGCUGGAGCUGAACGCCCGCGAGCAGCAGGCGCACGCCAGCUCCUACCAACGCUACGACGACCACCUGGACGACACCUUCUCCCCCGACGACGACCUUUACCCCCAGGAGCAAGACGAGAGACCCUACCAGGGCUGGUCUGCCCCGGAGGAGAGGGGAUACCAGCAGCAGCAGCAGCAUAACCAGUACCAAGAGGAGAACCAGGAUGAAGUCCGAGAGGGGGAGCAGUAUGAGGAUGGUGGUGACCAGUAUGGAUACCAGUCUGGACCAGGAGGCCAGUAUACAAGCAGAGGUGGCAGGUCCAGAGGAAGGACCAAUCACGGCUUUGAUGCAGGCGAAGAGGAGGACUGAGAUUUUGAGUCACCUGACGGUCCAGAAAACUGAGCUAAGACUUA